AUAUAAAUCUCGCCUGUUAUUGUUAUUGGUCACUUUUACAUUUCUCAUCUUCCCUGUCACUUCUCAGAGUUAUCAAUGGAGAUUCGGAGGCCCAACCCUACCUCUUUCUCUCUAAUCCUUCUAUUCUCUCUCUUUGCCUUUUCUUCUGCUAAAGUGUUUUUCGAAGAACGAUUUGAAGAUGGAUGGGAAAAUCGUUGGGUUAAAUCUGACUGGAAGAAAGAUGAGAACAUGGCUGGAGAGUGGAAUUAUACAUCCGGUAAAUGGAAUGGAGAUGCUAAUGACAAAGGUAUCCAGACUAGCGAGGAUUACAGAUUUUACGCCAUCUCUGCUGAAUUUCCUGAAUUCAGCAACAAGGAUAAGACCCUAGUUUUCCAGUUUUCUGUUAAGCAUGAACAGAAGCUUGACUGUGGGGGUGGUUACAUGAAGCUACUCAGUGGUGAAGUCGACCAAAAGAAGUUUGGUGGUGAUACCCCAUACAGCAUUAUGUUUGGUCCUGAUAUCUGUGGCUACAGUACAAAGAAAGUCCAUGCCAUUCUUACCUACAAUGAUACAAAUCACUUGAUCAAGAAGGAGGUCCCUUGUGAGACUGACCAAUUGACUCAUGUUUACACUUUCAUUCUUCGUCCAGAUGCCACCUACAGCAUUCUUAUCGACAACCAGGAGAAACAAACUGGUAGUCUUUACAAUGACUGGGAUAUACUACCUCCCAAAAAGAUCAAGGAUCCUGAGGCUAAAAAGCCUGAGGACUGGGAUGACAAGGAGUAUAUUCCUGAUCCCGAAGACAAGAAACCAGAGGGUUAUGAUGACAUUCCUAAGGAGAUCACAGAUCCUGAUGCCAAGAAGCCUGAGGAUUGGGAUGAUGAGGAAGAUGGUGAAUGGACUGCCCCAACCAUAGCAAACCCCGAGUACAAGGGCCCAUGGAAGGCAAAGAAAAUCAAGAACCCUAACUACAAGGGCAAGUGGAAGGCACCCAUGAUUGACAACCCUGAAUUCAAGGAUGACCCAGAACUCUAUGUUUACCCCAACCUCAGAUAUGUUGGUGUUGAGUUGUGGCAGGUGAAAUCUGGCACGCUCUUUGACAAUGUCUUAAUCACUGAUGACCCUGAAUAUGCUAAGCAGCUUGCUGAAGAAACUUGGGGCAAACAAAAGGAUGCUGAGAAGGCUGCCUUUGAAGAGGCCGAGAAGCAGAGAGAAGAGGAGGAAACCAAGGAUGAUCCUGCUGAUUCAGAUGCUGAGGAUGAAGAUGAUGCUGAAGACUCUGAUAAGGAUGAGGCCGAUGAUAAAUCAGAGGAACAGGAGGAGAAUAAGCAUGAUGAACUGUGAGGAGCAUAGCAAUUUGAAGUCUUUAAUUUAGAUUGUAUCAGGUUCAAUUUUCUCUUGUCAAAUUAAGGCAUAGGUUUUUGUUAGGACACCAAGUCAAAAGCCUUGUAUGAUGGAUUGGUUUAUCUCAUUUGGCAUAUUUUGGUGGAUCAUAAAGGAUGGCCAAAGAGGAUUCCAGUUUUUUAUAUAAGAACAUUUUUACAUUAACGACUAACGAAAGUUGUGGAGUGGUAUAUGAGCUUUUGUCUUUUUGGUUGCAUUGCAAAUAAAAAAAACGCGAAUGCCUCUCAGUAUUACCGCUGCUUGUGGAAGUGGACUGACUUCGGUAUUUGGGAUUUCAAUACUUGAAUUGAUUUGUCGCCAAACAAGUUGAUCUUGUACAAAAUGCGUAGUUGGUGAUGACUAAAAUCCCCCUUGUUAUUUAGCAAUUAGGAUUACAUUUGGCCAAGCUUGUGCAAUUGCCCCUUGCUGGUUGCUCAAAUGGAUUCAAACGAGUUAGCGCCAUUUUUUGUUUUCCACUGUCUUAUUGGCCAUUACCUCAUUUAGACAUUUGGUAAGAAUACCUCAAGUUUCUUUUAUCUAAAAAUCAAAGAGAUAAAUAGUAGUAUUUUGCUCGUUUUUUA